AUGGCCAGGUCAUAUCUUGACAAGGCUACUCGGAAAAUGAAGAAGGUUGCCGAUCGCAAACGUCGUCCGACAAAUUACAGAAUUGGCGACAAAGUCAUGGUUAAGCUCAAUCCGAGGCAGUUCAAGUCACUAAAGAGCUUGAAUCAGAGUUUGAUUCGACGAUAUGAGGGUCCCUUUGAAAUCAUUGCCAAGGUGGGCAAGAUUUAUUAUCGGUUGGACAUGCCACACCAUUUGAAAAUCUACCCCGUCUUCCAUGCGAGUCAAUUAAAACCAUACUUUGAUGACAAGAAAGACGAGGGUCGGGCUCAAGCCAGCCGUGCUAGAAUCUUUGAGACUCCUACUGCAAAGGACAAAGAAAUAGAGGCAAUCAUUGACCAUCAAUUGGUCCGAGGCAAAGGUUGGGGCAAUUCACGUGCUCAAUUUCUCGUCCAUUGGAAGGGACAACCACCCGAGGAGGCAACAUGGGAAGCGUACGAGGACUUAUGGAAAUUCAAGGACAAAGUCCACGAAUUUUUGCAGUUAUGUGGCGCCGCGGUGGUCGCCAAAACAGUUGAGGGAAAGUGUGCCGCCCCGCCACCGCUUGCACAAGACAGCCUGCAACUAGCGCCAGGCGCUAGUCAAAAUCAGCAUGCCAAAGGGUCCACAAUAGUGGGAGGCCAACUUGCAAGACAAGAGUGGGAGACCAGCCGCUCACAUGUCUGCACAAAAGUGGGAGGCUAG